UCUGGUGCGGGACAGCUGGCGCCGGCAGCAGCAGAGGAGCUAGAAGUGGCGGCCGUGGCAGCCGGGAGCAAGCUGUGCUGCAGGAAGCUGCAGCAGCUGCUGCCCCUGCACAGAAGGAAACUCUGCUGCCUUUCCUUCCUCACUUUUGAAGAUGGCAGGAGAAAUCACAGAGACUGGGGAGCUCUAUUCUCCCUACGUUGGGAUGGUGUACAUGUUUAACCUCAUUGUCGGCACGGGAGCUCUCACCAUGCCCAAGGCCUUUGCCACUGCUGGAUGGCUUGUCAGCCUCAUCCUCUUGGUGUUCCUGGGCUUCAUGAGCUUUGUGACGACUACCUUUGUGAUGGAGGCCAUGGCCGCAGCCAAUGCACAGCUCCGUUGGAAGAGGAUGGAAACCCACAAGGAGGAGGAAGAUGAGGAUUCCUCCACAGCCUCAGACAAUGACAUCCUCACCCAGGACAACUAUGAGCAGGCAGAGAAACAGCCCAUCCUUUCUGUGCAGAGGCGUGCAUUUCCCAACCUUUUUGAAAUCACAGACCGGGUGGAGAUGGGACAGAUGGCCUCCAUGUUUUUCAGUAAAGUGGGAGUCAACUUGUUCUAUUUCUGCAUCAUCAUUUAUCUAUAUGGAGACCUGGCCAUCUAUGCUGCAGCCGUUCCCUUCUCCCUCAUGCAGGUAACCUGCAGUGCCACUGGCAAUGACUCCUGUGGCGUGGAGGCAGAUACCAAAUACAAUGACACUGACCUGUGCUGGGGUCCCCUGCGCCGAGUUGACACCUACCGCAUCUACCUGGUGAGUGUAGAGUGCCCAGCUUGGAAUGCACCAGGCCAGCCUGAGUGGUGCUGAGGGUGCUUGAACCACCUCCCCUUUGCAGAACCUUUUCCCCAGAGAGGAGAGCCUACACACCUCCACAUUCUGGCUGAGUACUGGAGUUUUGGCUCCAAGGAAAUAGAUUGUGUCACAAAGACUCUUGCCCCACAGUGUCCUGCUGACCAUG